UUCCAACAACUUAUUCUCCUAAUCAUUUGCUUUUUAGUUUCUAAGCUAACUUCUAGACAUGGAGAUGCAAUACAAGGAAGGGAUCAAUGGCGAGAUGGCAAACAGAAGACGAAAUAAGGUGAAGCGUACAGAUUUAGCAGUGCGUUUAUUAGCGUUGGUGUUAACUCUGGCUGCAGCCGUGGUUCUAGGAGUGAAUAAACAAGCAACAACUGUACCCAUACAGAUCAUACCUUCACUACCGCCUGUCAAUGUUCCGGUCAAUGCUAAGUGGCUUCAUAUGUCUGCUUUUGUGUACUUUGUGAUUGCAAAUGCGAUAGCAUGCUCUUACGUGGCGGUGUCAUUGAUCCUUGCUUUUGCAAGCAAAGGUGGAAAGAAUGUGUCAUUGAUGGUAACCAUUUUAGAUCUAGUGGUGAUGACACUCCUCUUCUCUUCACUUGGUGCAACCGGUGCAGUUGGUCUUAUCGGCUAUGAAGGCAAUUCACACGUACAAUGGAAAAAAGUGUGUAAUGUGUUUGAUAAAUUCUGUCAUCAAGUGGCAGCUGCAAUGGUUUUGUCUUUCAUUGGCUCCAUCGCCUAUCUUUUACUCGCCGUGUUAUCUGUUUUUAACGUCUACAAGAAUUGAAGUUUUAAGAAAGUUGAUCAAUUUGUACUAACUAGGUAGCUAAUAACUUAUUUUCAUU